AUGAAACAAGUCAAAAAUAAAGCUUAUUUUAGUCGGUAUCAGACUAAAUAUCGCCGGCGGCGUGAGGGGAAAACAGACUAUUAUGCACGUAAGAGGCUUGUUAUGCAGGCAAAAAAUAAAUACAAUACCCCUAAAUAUCGUCUUGUUGUGAGAUUUACUAAUAAAGAUAUUAUAUGUCAAAUUGUUUAUGCUAGAGUUCAGGGGGAUUUUGUGUUUACUUCAGCAUAUUCUCAUGAAUUGCCAAACUAUGGUAUUAAACAUGGAUUAACGAAUUGGUCUGCUGCAUAUGCUACUGGAUUGUUAGUUGCCAGAAGGGCCUUAACAAAAUUAGGGCUUGCUGAUAAAUAUGAAGGAGUAGUGGAUCCUGAUGGAACAGUGUCAGUUACAGAGCCAAUUGAUGGUUGUCCACGUCCUUUUAAAGUGUUUUUAGAUGUUGGUUUGAAGCGUACAUCAACAGGAAGUAGGGUUUUUGCCGCAUUAAAAGGUGCUAGUGAUGGAGGUAUUAAUAUUCCUCAUUCAGAAAGUCGUUUUCCUGGCUAUGAUAUUGAAACCAAAGAAUUAGAUCCAGAAGUCCUUCGAAAAUAUAUUUUUGGAGGGCAUGUUUCUGAAUAUAUGAGCAUGCUUUUAGAAGAUGACGAAGAAAGAUAUAAAAAACAAUUUUCUGGUUUAAUUUCUGAUGGUAUCGAUUGUGAUCAACUUGAAGAGUUGUAUGCUGAAGCACAUCGCAAGAUUCGGGAAAAUCCAAUGUUAGCUCAUAAAGAAAACAAAAGAGAUUAUAAGGCAGAAUAUUCUAUUUAUAAAAAACCAAAAAUUUCAUCUGAAGAAAAACGUCAAAAAGUUCAAGAAAAACUUCAUAAAAAAAUGGAAACUGAAUCAUGA